AUGCGUUUCUAUUCUCUUUUACUCAUCGUUCUCAGCACUUGCGCCUUAGCGAGUUCAUAUGAAGCAGAAGAAGAUUUGGCCCCUGCGUCACCCCAGCCCGUCUCGCGAGCGGCUUUGUCGUCGAGACAAGCGAAUCGGAAAGAAUUACAAGCCCGAAUCAAGUAUCCCGAUUUGUUCAGAAAAAGAGAUGAUGGAGCGAGCACUUCACCGACCUCUGAUUGCGCGACGGCCACGUCAACAUUGAGAAAGAGGGGUAUAGCGUACAAUGAUUUUGAGGUGGUUUUGGGUCCUCAGCAUAUGGCUGAAUUUUUAUUGAAAGGUGGUCAAUUCGAUUGGCCAAAUGGUACUUCUUACACUGAUGAUCACUACAUUGCGAGAUUCAACACUCCAUCAGACCAUAAAGGAUGGUAUCAUCAUACCUACAACGUAGUCAAGAACGCAGUAGGUGACAAGUUAUUCGAAGCUUCUAUCCCUCGUUAUAAGAAAUGGAAAGCGGGUUUGAAACAUAAUGAAAUAAUACAUCUUUCCCCAAACACCGCAAUCCGAUCACAGAAUAUAGAUAAAUUAGAAAAGACACUAUUGGAUAAUCCAGAAUUCAAAGAAAUCCAAGUCAAUGGAUUUAGAAUCAGUAGAAGGUUCUUUGAAGCUGCCAACGCAUAUUAA